GCAAGUUAUGGCAACGUGAGUGUUGGAGUCUACGGGUUAAGAUUUUCGGAGGAAAAACUGGUUCUAAUGUUGUCUGGGUAUUGUUGCCAACAAUGUAUACUAACGAUAACUUGUUUCACAUUUGAUCGUUGUGAGAUUUUACGUUUGUAGAAGUCGAUUAAGAAGGACGUGGUUAACACCAUGUGAUGGAGGUGUGUGAAUUAGGCGACCAAAAUAACGAUCCUCUCAUCUCUCGGGCCGUUAUGUUGCAAUGUAGUUGGUUAUUCUGAAAUUCUCCAAUUAAAAUGAGCAACAAACUACAAAAUGGAAACAGCCAAAAGUUUGAAGCGUGUAUUUGUUGGGGGAUUACAUCACUUGGUUUCUGAAAGUGAAAUUAAGGAAAUAUUUAGCUCAUUCGGAGAUGUUACAGCUGUGGAUGUUGUAUUCAGGAAAGACAACCAAGGAAAUCCUGCGAAGGUCUUUGGUUAUGUUAAUAUAAAUAUCUCAGAAACGGAAUUAAAACGAUGCAUGUCAGUUCUGAAUAAAUCAAAAUGGAAAGGUGGAAAGCUGCAGAUUGAAUUAGCCAAAGAAUGUUUCUUGCAUAGACUUGCUCAAGAGCGACAGGAUAUAGCUAAAAAUAAGCACAAACCUCAUGUUGACAGCAUAGCAAAAGUGGUAGAGUCUCUAAAGAAAGCUGGUGUUGAAAAUUUUAAGAUUAAAUCUGCGGUGCCAGGAACAGAAGUACCUGAUCAUAAGGACUGGAUUGUGAGUAAAUUUGGAAGAGUGUUGCCCAUUCUUCAUCUCCAACAAAACAAUAAGAAAAAAAUUAAAAAGUAUGAUCCUUCUAAAUAUUGUCAUAACAUCAAGAAGCUUGAUCACCUUUCGGAUUCAGAAAUCAAAACGCCAGUGACCAAACUUACGUGGCAUCUUGAUGAGCAAGAUGACGAGGAGACAAAUAAGAAAAGACGAGGGAUUUUCCCUACUCAGACGCAAACUGUAAAAAGGAAGAAGCUAUCUCUCAACAAAUACAGUGUGGAGAGUUUCAUUAAUUCUGAUUGCAAUAUCCAAACAAACAAAAUACGUUCAGACUCAGUCAAACACAAUGCCAGUAGGGGGUUUAAUGAGCAUGAGAUUGAUAUGACCGGGAACAAGUUUGUCUUUCCUGAAUCUGCUUCUUGUGCAGGCUUCAAGAAUCAAAACCUUGUCAAGGAAGAAACUACUGCUGCCACUAAAAACAGUGCUAUAUCAAAAGCUCGCAUAGCAUGCCAUGAUUCUGAUACUGAAGAACUGGAAUUGAUUACAGAAGAGGAGAAAAGUAAAAGAUUAAGUCAAACAGAUGUAAAAGAACAAGACAUUCCUUUGGAGGUGGUUGGUGAGGAUUAUAUAUUAAAACAUGAAACCCACUGGGCAUUAGUUAACUCAAAGAGACAGAUGUUAAAAGGCAUUAGCAAUGACCCAUCAAAUAGAAGUGGGAGUGAUUAUGACUCUGCUGACACAGAUGAAAUUAUCUCCACAAAAAUGAUUCCUUGCAAAAAAUUGCCACAGACAAAAGCUAAUAGUAAAGCAGAUUUUGUGAACGGUGAGACUGAAGUUAACACUGGGAAAGGGGAUUGUGAAUCUCAAAGUAACAGCAGUAAUGAGGAUACAGUAGAUGACAAUUCUGAAUCUAGUGUGGAUACCGAUUAUGAAGAAAUGACAAGAAAUUGUUACCGAAUAGACCUGUCACUAACAGACCUUGAACAGUUGGCAAAUAAAUCCUCUGAAUCUAAGGAAACAAAUAGUCAAUCAGAGAAAAGUGAACUGGACUUUCCUAAAAAUAAGUCAUUAAUCCCAUUUGCACUGAACCUCUUGCCAAAUUCAGGAAUGUCACUUUCACAAGACCUAUCCAUCUUGAACCAAAGGACUAUUUCAGACAAUAUGUUUUCAGUUGUUCAGAAUGAGGACAGCAGUGACUCUGAAAUGGGAUCGAACAAACAGCUAAGUAACUUGCUUUCUUGUAAAGACACUCAUUGUCUUUCUGAGGUAAAGAAAACAAACAGUAGAGGGGUUAAAAAGGAGAAAGUGAAUGGAUCGAGGUCUGUGGUAUUAGAUUCUGAUAGUGAUGUGAGAAGUAGUUGCAAACCGCCACCUUUCAAAGGUACAAAAUUUCUUCAAAUCAGCACUUUCACCACAACCUCUCCUAGCUAUAGUGUUAAACAUGGUAUGUUUGAAAAUGAAGAAAAAUCAAAAUCUGAAAUGCAUAAAAUGUGUAACUCCACAUUAAUGAAUAAAGAUAAAUUUGAAGAAUCCAAGGAGGAUGUUAAAGGUGGGAAACAAACAACGUUGCAUACAAAACCAACCAACCCUCAGAAGAUUGAUUUGUCAUCAUCGUCUGUCACCAAAAGUGUCCAUGAGAAGAUAAAGAUAGAAUCUACAGAUGGAAGUGAAUCAAGUAUUUCCCCUGGCAUUGAGAAUACUACUUGUAGUUUAGCUGCAGGAUCUCCUCAGAAUUUGAAUAAGCGCUUAUCGGACAAUCAGAAAAGACUGGCUGCAGUACAGCAAAGACAAAAAGAGGCCGAAGUGCAAAAGAAACUCAUCCAGGGGGCCCUCUCUGAUUUGGAAGGUCAGAAAGCUGGGAAAGGAAAGCACAUUGUCUUUGAUUAUGAAGAAGAGCCUGAAAGUGAGACAGUGUUUGAAGGUGAUGAAGACAGUUGCAGGGCAGAAGAUGCAAACACAUCAGCAGAAAGUCGAGAUAGAAAGCUUGUUGCAAAAGAUUUUAAAAGUAGAACCAUUGGGAAAUUAUUUGAUAGUGAGGAGGAGGAAGAUGACAAUGAUGAUCACAGUGAAAGUUUCAAAAUCAAGCCUCAGUUUGAAGGAAAAGCUGGUCAGAAGCUGUUGGCCUUACAAUCACGAUUUGGUACAGAUGAAAGAUUUCGCAUGGAUGAACGAUUCUUGGAAAGUGAAGAUGAAAACAUGGAAGAAUCAGUUACAAUUGGUAGUCAGGAUAUUGAGGAAGAAGAGCUUGUUGCAGAGAAAAGAAGAGCUCUGAAUAUCUUGAAGAGUGUUGUUCAAGACGUCAUUGAAAAGACUGAAGUCAAUAAAGAACACAGAAAAUUAAAGCAUUUUAAAGAUGUUUCUGCACUGCACUAUGAUCCUACAAGAAAGGAUCACAUUAUCUAUGAAAACAAAUUUGAGGAAUCCAAGAAAGAAAGCAAAGCAGAAAGAAAGAAAAGGAAAGAAGAGGAAGAGAAACUUCCAGAAGUAUCAAAAGAAAUCUAUUAUGACGUGAACAAGGACUUGAAAGGAAUGUUCGCUUCUAGUACCAAAGAAAAAGAAGUUGCUUGGGAUAAGAAAGAUGAGAGUCAGCUUGAAAAUCAAUGCCCUGAAUCUCUUGAAAUGCCAACCAUCCAGCACACAUUUGAUUUCCUUUCCAGUAAAGAUGCUGUAAAGAAGGACUCCACUAAUUUUACAUUUUCAUUUUUUGAAGCUGCCGCUCAUGAUUCGAGUCAAAAGCCAGAACAUUAUAAAACUGAGCCAGUAACUACGUCGGCAGUUCCAUGGCAUGAAGAUCCUCGAUUCCAAGACAGCUCGUCUGAAGACGAGGGUGAGAUAGAAAAUUGCGAAGAUGACACUGCAGAAAGUUUGGUACCAUUUCCUGAGAAGAAAGCAAAUUUCUUUUUCUUUUUCAGAGAUGACCAAAGGCUCAAAGAUGGCCCUAAACUGUUUUGUCGAACUACAGAUCUGACAGACGAGAGAGAUGUCUGGGAAGAAAACCGGGCUUUACUAAUUGAGGAGUACCGAGAGAAGCACAAAGCUGCAAGACAGAAAAGAAAAGACAAGCAAUAGAUCAAUUCAUAGGAAUAAUGUGCUGUUAAUUCAGACAGAAAUUUUACAUGAGGAAUAUUUGAAUAUUUGCUGUGACCUAUUCUUUAUAAAGACUAUUAAAUAAAUACUUUAUCAUUCUAGUUUUAUCACCUAUGGUCAUAAACGGGACAAGUGCUGACUUUGGCUAAGCUAAUUUAGGAGUCUGGGGUUAGACAAGGUAAGGGUGGAUGGAAGCUCAGUAGAGUUUGGGGGAUUUAAAAAUUUUGUUUUGCAAUUUUUUGUAUAAAAUAUAAAAGUGAUUAAAGUGAUAAAUUAAUAUUUCAUACAUUAUCAAGUGCUAUUGAUUUUGGUCUUUUGAGUGAGUAACAAAACUUCAGUUAUUAAAUGAGACACUUGGAGAGUUUUGUACCUUAUUUUCCAAGAAGACUGUCCAUUAAAUGACCCAAAAGAAGUUCAACUUUACCAACUUUCCCAAUUCAAACAAUAAAUAUUGUGGAAAUGGAGAGGACUGAUUUCAGACAAUAGACUUGAACAACUUAUGUUCACAAUUGUUUAUAUCAAAACAAUGUUUUCCAUAAUCUAAAUGGCCUCUGAUAGAUUUACUUGUGAUCAUCAAAUACCAGAGAAUAUAUAGCAGAUCACUUCUGUAGAACCUUUAUGCAUGUUUAUGUUUCUGGAUGAAUCAGUCCCUUUACUAAAACUUUAUUACACCUUGUUUUUGCACUGAUGGUGCCUUGCCUUUUGUGUAUGUCAAUUAUUUUUGUUUUUAUUUUAGUUUUUACUUUAUACUCAAUGGUUAGAGAUAUUGCUUUGUCCAGUCUUAAUUAGCAGUUGAAGUUGAUAUGUACAGUUCUUUCUCACAUCUACCAGUCCAUGCAACUUAGGAAUUUUCUCGAUUGGUUAGACUGGGGAGAAAUAAAAUCAGCACAACAAUGAAUGUGCUCAUCCAGAUACAUUCAAAACCCUGCCUCUUUAAAUAAAAAAAGAGUAUUCAAAGGCUUUGGCAUACUUGAUCUAACAAAUUAGCAAUAUUUUAAUUGGAUAGUUGUUGCAAAUGGAAAAUCAGAUUUCUUUCAGUGAUUUACAUUGAAGAUUCUCCUGUCUCUAUUAGACCUAAUGGGACCUAUUUCAGUAUCCACUGAAAAAUUGGAAAUCCAGAACAAAAAACUGUCUGGAUUACUUGGAAGAAAUCUUCAAGAAUAUUGGAGGCUAUCAGAUUACCAUAAUCACACUGGUUAUUAUUGCAGGAAUGGAGAAGCAUAGAAGUUGCUGAUCAAAAAAGAGACCUUGUUCACAUUGUCACGUAAUAAAACAAAAAUGGAACUCUCAACCAAUCUUUCAAUCAAUUAGUCUGCUUCAGAUCCACAUGCAAGUACUUAAAAGAUCAUGAAUUUCUCAAUUGUGUGGCAA